CCUAAGUGACUGCAUGUGUCUGUGUGUGGUUGCAGUAAAAUGGCAGAAGCCAGUAUUUCAUGGGCUCAGGAUCAGUUCAGCUGUUCAGUCUGUCUGGAUCUACUGAAGGAUCCAGUGACCAUCCCCUGUGGACACAGUUACUGCAUGAGCUGCAUAACAGACUGCUGGAAUCAAGAUGAUCAGAAGAGAGUUUGCAGCUGCCCUCAGUGCAGACAGACCUUCACUCCAAGACCUGCUUUAAAUACGAAUGUGGUGUUUGCUGAAAUGGUGGAGAAACUGAAGACGACAAAAGUCCAAACAGCUCGGGCUCUCAGUUAUGCUGGACCUGGAGAUGUGGAGUGUGAUGUUUGUACUGGAAGGAAACGCAAAGCUGUAAAGUCCUGUCUGUUGUGUCUGGAGUCUUACUGUCAAACUCACUUUGAGCGUCAUGAGGAAUUUCACUCAGGUAGACGACACAAGAUAACUGAUGCCACUGGACGACUCCUGGAGAUGAUAUGCUCUAAACACGAUAAACAACUGGAAAUCUAUUGCCGGACUGAUCAGCAAUGUAUUUGUUAUCUGUGUGCAAUGGAUGAACAUAAAAACCAUGACACUGUAUCAUCUGCAUCAGAGAGGACAGAGAAACAGAAACAGUUAGAAGACACACAGAGAACAUUACAGCAAAGAAUUCAGAGGAGAGAGAAAGAGUUUCAGGAGCUAAAAGAGGCUGUGAAGACACACAAGCUCUCCGCUCAGAGAGCAGUGAAGGACAGUGAGAGGAUCUUCACUGAACUGAUCCGCUCCAUUGAGAGAAGACGUUCUGAGGUGAUACAGAUGAUCAGAGAUCGAGAAAAGGCUGAAGUGAGUCGAGCUGAAGGACUCCUGAAGCAACUGGAGCAAGAGAUUGAGGAUCUGAGGAGGAGAGAUGCUGAGCUGAAGCAGCUUUUGCACACAGACGAUCACAUCCAUUUCCUACAGAGUUUUCAGUCUCUCUCUGCCCCGACUGAAAUUGGAGAGAGUGUCACUUCUGGUUCUCUGCUGUUUUAUGAUGAUGUGGGAAAGUCUGUCUCUCAACUCAAAGAAGAGCUGGAGGAUUUCUGCAAAGAACAGACUGAAAACAUAUUUGACAAAGUCACAUACAUCAACAUUAUUCCCAUCACUGAACCCAAGACUAGGGAGGAGUUCCUACAAUAUUUCCGUCGGUUUACUCUGAAUGCAAACACAGCGAAUAAAUUUAUUCAACUGUCUGAGGAGAACAGAGUGGCAACUUGCAGCAAAGAAGUCCAGUCAUAUCCUGAUCAUCCAGACAGAUUUGAUAAAUUGUAUGAGGUGUUGUGUAGAGAAGGCUUGUCUGGACGAUGUUACUGGGAGGUUAAAUGGAGUGGUGCUGACAGUGUGGGUAUAUCAGUGUCCUAUAACAGCAUCAAGAGGCAGGGAGAAAGAUGUGCAUGCGGAUUUGGAUUGAAUGAUCAGUCCUGGAGAUUGUCCUGCACUCAAACUAGUUGCCAGUUCUGGCACAAUAACACACAUACUAAACUCACUAAACUCUCCGCCUCCUGUAGAAUAGGAGUGUAUGUGGAUCACAGAGCAGGAAUUCUGUCUUUCUACAGUGUCUCUGACACAGUGACCCUCAUCUACAGAGUCCAGACCACAUUCACUCAACCACUUUAUCCUGGGUUUUUGUUAAAAUCAGGCUUAUCAGUGAAACUUGAUCAUUUGACAAAAUAAACGAUGUAGAGAUAUUACAAAUAAUAUUGCCAUGUAUUUACCAUGCUGGUUCUGUGCGUUAGGUGUUGACUGGAUUUUGAGAUGUGGGUAUUGUACUUAAACAACAGAGGCAGAUGAAUGCAUGCUUGCAGGGACAGGGUUUAAGUCUUAAGAUAACUAAACAACAGAAAAAGUUCAGUCAAAGACAAGUAUUGAUUAAAAAAAAUAUAAGGUUAAAAAAUGAACAUAUACUUGUAUCAUUUGUUCACAAUAAGAUCAAUAACAUGCUUGUAUAAAAUAUAAUGUUUGUACUUAAAAAGUUAAAUAUUUGCAGUAACAAAUUAUUAGUUCAGUUUAUGAAAUUCAAUUUUUGUUUGCUCAUAUAUAUUUACAAGACCUACAUUGUUCUUACAUAUAUUGCAGUAUUACCUGCUUUUGCUGUAUGUCUGCUGCAUCGUUACCUGUAGUGUGAAAUAUAAAUAAAUGCGACCCUUUGUCCUUAUUGAAACAAAUUAAUUCAUCAUGAUUUAACAUAAACUUCACAGUGAAUACAGAAAAAGUUACCCUUAAUUUGAAAGACUUAAAUUAUGUUUCGUCCAUCCGGGCGCACCAGACCGAACCGAAAGGACCGCUAUUUCUGGAAAGGUGGAAAGGCCUGGUGGAAAGGUGAAUAUUGUGCAGAGCGUAAGUGCUUGUUUGUUUAUUGUACAUUAAUGUUAUGUUAAAAAUAAACGCAAAAUCUUUGUUUAUAUGUUAUUUAAAUUGUGGUCAUUGACAAGGGUCUUAAUGUCUGAAUUCAUAUAUUCAGUGUUUUCCUGGUUAAGUGUUUCAUAAUGGGCUGCAAUGGGUAAGAAACCAUUUGAAACAACAUAAAAAUACCUAUUUCUUUGUAUUAUGGUGUCCUGAUAACAAUAGACAGAAUAUAAAUAGAUGAAUAAACGUGAAUAAUAAAUGAAUAAACACUAAAUAAAAACUGACAUUUGUGUGCACGUUUUUAGGUUCACAAAGGACUAGCCUAGUCUGAUUAUUAAGAAGACAUUUCAACAGCAAAUGUGCCUUUAAAA